GCUGGUUGAGAAUGUUUUGUUUGGGGGAAACAGUUUCCUCUCUUCUGAUGCCGAAUCCAAAAGACGAAAAUGACCCGAAAUUCAACAAAGGUUUCCUUGUUUGAACGAACCCCUUUUUUUCCAACUACAUGCUUUCAGGGGCUAAUUCAAGGCAGUCAUACCCUAACCCUUUCUUUUCCCGUGACACCACACCAUCCAUCUACCUAGUACCCACCCAUCAACAGAGCGCUGUACGGUCCCUAGAGUGGAGCCCAAGGCAGCCGAGUUAGUGGGCCCAAGGUGCCCCUAAUCAUGACGGCCUUAGCGGCUGUCCCGGACCUGCAGGACGCUGCUGGGCCAUCAACAACAACAGUACACUCACCCAAUUACUCGGGCAGCCCGGCCGACAUAUCCUCGUCACCAACGACAAGGGCUGUUUCGAGAAAUACUGCAAGACAAACGGCGUCAGCACCCCCAAAUCAUGCCGAAUCCUCACCACCAGGAAAUGCAUCACCAACCGGACCCCCAUCGCCGUCUGGCAACAAUGUCAGCCCGCAUGGCCGUCAUCAGGGCAUGAGCAAACUCCGCGCGUGCCUCGUCAUCGCCACCCUCUCGGGCGUCAGUUUCCUCAACACCAUGGGCUCAGGGAUCCUGACCGUGUCGCUGCCGACCAUGGCCCGCGACGUCAGGCUGGACGACUCGCUCCUCCUCUGGCCGGCGUCGGUCUACUCGCUGGCGGCGGGCUGCACCCUGCUCGUCUUUGGCGCCGUGGGCCACAUCAUCGGCCCCAAGCGCGUCUGGAUCACGGGCGCCUGCCUGUACGCCGCCUUCACCCUCGGCGUCGGCCGCAGCGCCACCGGCUCCCAGCUCAUCGCCUUCCGCUCCGUCCUGGGCGUGUCCAUCGCCAUGUGCCUCCCCACCGCCGUCAGCCUGACCACCAACGGCUUCGGCGCCGGCCGCUGGCGAAACAUGGCCUUUGCCUUUCAGGGCAUGGGCCAGCCGCUCGGCUACUCGACCGGCUUGAUCCUGGGCGGCAUCUUUACCGACACCGUCGGCUGGCGCUUUGGCUUUUACAUCUCGGGUGGUAUAAACGCCGUCCUGGCUAUCUGCGCCCUGGUCGUGCUUCCGUCGCCACCGCGGCAUGAUGAGGGGGACGGGGAGCAGCGGGAAGUAGAAGAGGAAGCCACGGACGCCACCGUGGCUGCUGCCGCUGUUAAUCGCAGCAGCAGAUCCAGGCCGCUCAUCUCCCGGCUCGCGCACGACGUCGACUGGACCGGCACGCUGGCCAUCUCGGCCUCGAUGGGCUUCCUGUCGUACGUCUUUAGCGUGGUGAGCAAGGACUACGAUCGCAUGGCGGCGCCGCAAAACAUUGCGCUGCUGGUCGCCGCCGCCCUCCUGCUGCCGACCUUUACGCUGUGGGUGGGCCGGCAGGAGCGCCUGGACCGGCCGGCCCUGAUACCAAACAGCCUGUGGCGCAAGGCCGCCUUCUCGUCGACCUGCGCCGCCGUCUUCUUCACCUGGGCCGUCUUUAAUGCAUUUCAGUACUUUUCGGCGCUGUACUUUGAGCGCAUCGAGCACAUCACGGCGCUGCAGACCUCGCUGCGGUUUUUGCCCAUGGUGCUCGUUGGCGCGGCUACCAAUAUUGUUACAGGAUACCUCGUGGAAACAGUCGAAGUCAGAUGGUUGGUGGUCGUGUCGGCCAUUUUCAGUCUCUUCUCUCCUCUGAUUAUGGCCCUGGUCAGACCUGGUUGGGGUUAUUGGAAAGGUGCAUUCUUUGCCAUGCUCUUGUCACCGCUGCAUCCAGACGUGCUGUUCACCGUUUCUAACCUCAUCAUCUCGAGGGUUUACGACGGUCGAUCCCAGUCCCUCGCUGGCGCCGUGUUCAACGCCGUCUCGCAGGUGGGCAACUCGGUCGGCCUAGGCCUCACAGCGGUCGUCUCAUCCGCCGUCGCCCGCAGCUAUCACGGAUCCGGUGGAGUCGGUAACGCAAUGGACCCCCCAACAGGCCGGCCACAGCACCUGCCGUCGUCGCCCACCGUCGAGGCCACGCUCGCCGGCUACCACGCUGCGUUCUGGCUCAUGUUUGGGGCAGCGGCAUUGGUUACAGUCAUCACGUUCUUGGGGCUCAGGAGAGGGGGCAAGGUUGGUGCCGUUGAGUGAGACAUCAGGAGACUUUUUUGUUCUCGUGUUGCAUUGCACUAUUUUUUUCUCUCUGAGAAAUUGUGGAUUUCUAGCCUCGGCAAGUUUUUGCAUAUAUACACUAUAUAGGUAGGCUGUAUGGAAGGUAUAUGGGUCAGUCCAGCCCA